GAGAGGACUCAGUGGGGAAAGUGGAAUAGAGAUCCACAGGUUGUCGCUGGACGGACACGGAAUGCGCACUCGAACCGGUUAAAGAUUUUCUGCAAUGCGCUGUUCUGAUUGGCUGACGAAAAGGUCCAUUUGUCUCUUGUGUGUCGUCACUCUGCUGUGCUCAGACGUAGAAGGCCGCAGCUACGAGAAAUGCACGGCUGAGGACGGCCGCCUCGGAUAUUGCGUCGCCAUCAUCUACUGCAGGCAGGGACAGUCCCAGCGGCUGCUGAGGUGCGAAGGGGACGACAACAACUACUGCUGUCCCCUACCCACCACCCAAGCCACAGAGAAGCCAAGAAGACACAUCACCGAACGUCCCAGGAGGCCCAUUUUCGGUGAUGAAGAGCGUGGCAGGCCAUCUGUACACAGAUACGAUCCAGAACUAGAUGGCAAACCCUUUGAUGAAAGACCCAGGAGGCCCACCAAUGAUAGAACUCCGUGGGAUGAUGAGGAUCGUCGCAGGUCAUCUAGACCCGGAUACGAUGAUGAGCUAGAUGGCAAACCCGUUGAUGAAAGACCAAAGAGGCCCACCGGUGACAGGACUCCAUGGGAUGAUGAGGAUCGUCGUAGGCCAUCUAGACCCAGAUACGAUGAAGAGCUAGAUGGCAAACCCGUUGAUGAAAGACCGAGAAGGCCCUCAAGUGACAGAACUCCGUUGGAUGAUGAGGAUCGUCGAAGGCCAUCUAGACCCAGAUACGAUGAAGAACUAGAUGGCAAACCCGUUGAUGAACGACCGAGAAGGCCCUCAAGUGACAGAACUCCAUUAGGUGGAGAGGAUCGCAACAGGCCAUCUAGACCCGGAUACGAUCCAGACUUGGAUGGCAAAUCUGUAAAUGAAAGACCCAGGAGACCCCCAAGUGACAGAACUCCAUUAGGCGGUGAGGAUCGUAGCAGGCCAUCUAGACCCGGAUACGACCCAGACCAAGAUGGCAAACGCGUGGACGAAAGACCCAGGAGGCUCCCAAAUGACAGGACACCAACAGGUGGUGAGGAUCGUCGCAGGCCAUCUAGACCCGGAUACGAUACAGAACUAGAUGGCAAGCCCGUUGACGAAAGACCCAGAAGACCACCGAAACGCGGGACUGAUGAGAACCGCGACAGGACACCAGAAACCAGAUACGAUUCUGAGCCAGAUGACGAGGAUCCUGCAUAUUUUCCAAGACCACGAGAUGUCGAAAAACCAAGAGAUGCUUUCGGCGAUAGCAAUGGACAAUCCAGAGACAGUUCAGGACGGUUCCCAGAUCCUUCCAGGUCUCUGAGGCCAGAGAUGCCCUCUAGGCCUGAAGACACCCGUGGCCCUAGUGAUAGGACUCCUCCAAGGAGAGAUUCUAAUGAACCUAGAAGGCCAGAGAUGCCCUCUAGGCCUGAAGACACCCGUGGCCCCAGUGAUAGGACUCCUCCAAGGAGAGAUUCUCCAGAACCUAGAAGGCCGGAGCAGCCCUAUAGGCCCGCGCCUGGUGAUAGUAAUGAUUACGAUCCAGGCCCUGAUCACCGAGAUGACAGGAGACCACAGAGACCCAAGGACGCAACUGGGCCUACUGACCACGAUGGUCGUGGUGGGGGUCCGGUCAUUCGUUUUCCCGACAGACGGAACGACAGAAGGAAUGGCUAUGGGGAGAGAGGAGAUACACCAGGUACACGCAUGGAGGAAGACCCAAAGGACUUCAAGCGAGGAGGGGAAGAAGAUAGACAGCGGCCAAGGUCGGAGAAUAAGCCACGGAGAGAAGACCGACCGCCACUGAGGGGCGCCGAGGAAGCUUCGAAAUCGAACGCCACUGUCAACCGGGCUCCUGAUGCUCGAGCCCCACAGUUGCCGAAAAUUCCGGGUUGCGGAGUGAGGCCUUACAAACUGUUCAUUGCUGGCGGAGAACAAUCAGAGGAACACCAGUGGCCUUGGAUGGCGGCCAUCUUCCGGAGAUUCCCGGAUUCCCGACCGAAAGCGUUCCUGUGCGGAGGAUCCCUCAUCAACACUAGGUUCAUCCUGACAGCUGCGCACUGUUUCGUCAACAACUACGUCAUCCUGCCGGCCUCAGCAUUCGUGGUGCGCCUGGGCUCGAACUCCCUGAGCAGUGGCGAGGAGUACACGGUGGCGAAGCUCGUCCUGCACCACAACCACUCGGGCUCCGACUACUUCAACGACAUCGCCCUCAUCCGGCUGGCGGGCGAAGCCUUCGUCACGGACAAGAUCGCCCCCAUCUGCCUGCCCACCCACCAGAUGGCGCUCAUGGACAUGGUCGGACUGACGGCCACGGUGGCCGGUUGGGGCGACGUGGAGUACCGGACGAGCGGUACCCGGGUGCUGCAGCACGUGACCAUCCCCAUCGUCUCCAACCAGGAGUGUUCCGCGGCCUACUCCAGGGUGAGGGGGGCCGCCUUCUUGGCCAGGGGCAGCGAUCACGUGAUGUGCGCAGGACUCAAGGAGGGAGGGAAGGACGCCUGCCUGGGUGACUCCGGGGGCCCUCUGAUGUUGCAAAUCAACGAGGAGCAGUGGGUCGUCGUCGGCGUCGUCUCGCUGGGUUACAAGUGCGCGGAACCCGGGUACUACGGGGUCUACACCAGGGUCACGCACUACACCUCCUGGAUCGACGGUCACCUGAGACAACGCCACUGACAGCGCCGCUCAUUAGUGAUUUUUGGAAAUCCACGAAUAACUUGCCGUAGACCUGUUACAACCUUGUAUAAGCAAGUGACAUCAUAACUGUAAAGGUUUGUGCAUGCUUAUGAAAAGAAUUGUGCAUGCUUGUAAAAAGGUUCAUGAAUGCUUGUGAAAAGCUUCACGAAUAACUUGCCGUAGACCUGUUACAACAAUGGACAACCUUUUAUAAGCAAGUAGCGGGAUAACUGUAAAGGUUUGUGCAUGCUUAUGAAAAGAAUUGUGCAUACCUGUAAAACCUUUCAUGAAUGCUUGUGAAAAGCUUCAUGAAUGCGAAGAGGUUCGUAGAGGCUUGUGGAAAUGUCCCCUCAUGUUUGUGGAGUGGUUAGUUCAUGUUUGUGUAAAGGUUCAUUCAAGCUUGUGAAAAGGUUCAUAAAAGCUUGUGAAAAGUUUGGCGCAUGCUUGUAAAAAAGUUUAUAAAAUCUUGUAAAAAGGUUCGUGCAUGGUUGUGUAAAGCUUCGUGAAUAACUGUGAAAAGGUUUGUGAAAACGUGUGGAAAUGUUUUCUCAUGUUUGUGUAAAGGUUCGUGCAUG